UUCCAAAAAUGGUGGACAAUGAUUGAUUGUGUAAAUCCAAGAUUCCUUGUCUGUUUGUAUUCAUGGGUCUUGGUAAUAUCGAAGGUGGCGGCAGGAGGUUCCGUAGUCGGCCACUAAACAGUGGUGGCAGCAGCAGUAGCAGUAGCAGUCUUCACACUGAUACUAGUGAACAGGAUCUCUCUGGUGCACGUAAAGCCGCGCAAAGUUCUUUUGAAAAAAGUUUUUCAACUCCAGAUAGUGAUAUACGAGAUGUACUUGACUUACUGAAGCUGACUUAUAUAAUUCAACGAACUGGAAUUGCUACAGCUCAAGUACAGACUGUAAACCGAACAGCAGAUGCCAUUUGGAACACUCUACGGAUCAGCCUGACCGACAGCCCAUUAUUAG